CCGCGCUUUUACCGGCGGCUGAGAAUUCCCGUUUCUGUCCAUUUGCCUCUAGCCAAGUGGGAGACUCGCUUCGACCCCCAAAGCACCCUCAAGCAGGACUUCCACGUGACCCCCGAGACAGUGGUGCAGGUGCCCAUGAUGAAGCGCGAGGACGAGUAUGACUACCUCCUGGACCGGAGACUCUCCUGCAGGGUCGUGGGGCUCCCCUACCAGGGCAAUGCCACGGCCCUCUUCAUUCUCCCCAGCGAGGGCCGGAUGCAUAAGGCGGAGGCCGGCCUGGACCAGGAGACCCUGACCAAGUGGUUCAAAAAGUUCACAAAGAGGAAGCUCCAGCUUUACCUUCCCAAGUUCUCCAUCGAGGGCUCCUACCAGCUGGAGAAGAUCCUCCCCAAGCUGGGCAUCCGGGACCUCUUCACCUCCCACGCCGACCUAGGAGGGCUCACCAACCACUCCAACAUCCAGGUGUCUGAGAUGGUGCACAAAGCCGUGGUGGAGGUGGACGAGUCGGGGACCCAAGCGGCUGCAGCCACGGGCAUGGUGUUGGGGUUCCGGUCGGCUCGAAUGGGCGCUCAGGUGGUGGUGUUCAACAGGCCGUUCCUGAUGGCGAUCGUGAACCCGGAGGGCGUCCUCUUCCUCGGCAAGGUGGCCCGCCCCGCGGAGGGGCACUUCUGAGCCGCGGCCUCCCCAGCGGAGAUGCGGGCACUCUGCGGCCAUCGUCUGCGGAGACCUAGUGAGACGCGCAGGCUUAGUGACGAGUGAGACUUUAGCGAGUAACAGUAGCAGCACCGACCACCAGGAUGGCUUCCUCCCACACCAGGCGAGGCCAGGCGCCUGGGAGAGGCCAGAGGACACGCGGUCACGCCCUCACCGCUCACCAGUGGCGAUUCGCACUGAGGCCCCGAGAGCUGGAUCGACUUGUCCAAGGCCACAUGGCAGGUCAGAAGCCCAGGACCCGGCCCCUGAUUCCCAGCCCAGCGCCACCGGCUCCCCAGGAAGGUGGUUCCAGUAGACAUUCCGCCAGGAAGCAUGUGUCCAAGCCCCGCCCCCCUUCCCCGUCAGCAACACCAGCCGUCAAUUCUGAUGGUUGAGUGGGGGCACCCGAGUGGAGUCUGCCGUGGGCGCUGUCCCGGCUCACCGGCUGUGUGACGUUGGCUCAUGCCUUCCCCCUCUGGACUCUGGUUUCUCCACGGAUGCACUGAGGGCUCAGGCCAAGGAUAGAAGGUUCCUGAAAUCAGGUAAAAAGCCUGGAGUGUCACCUGCCAGUCACAGCUGAUAUCACCGCUCAUCCUCUGAGAAAAGCGAGGGGACCGCGGGGUGGAAAUGGCCCGCCCGGGGCGUACCAUCCUGCGGGGGAAGUUACAGUCCCGUGGGCGUGGCUGGCGGCGGGAGCAUGGAGGCCGGGUGCCAACAGCGGCUGUUGUUUGGAGACACUGCUGACUGGGUGUGGACUGUAGUGCCAGGCAGAGCAAUAAAGCAUUUGCAGACA